GGAAAUGGCAUGAUUUUGCAAAUUUCACCUUUAGUAUAACGUUGAAGGGAUGCUAGUCUCUCUUUUCAAAUACGAAACCCUGAGGAGAUUGAAUAAAAGAAACUGAGAAAAAGAAAGAGAAAGGCGUCGAUUGACUUGUUUCAGGUCGGAACGAUCGAAGAAAGAAAUGUCUAACCAGCUCACAACGGAUUCUCCUCUCUCCCGUUGCAUAGUUAAUGCUUUUAUCGAUUUUCUAACCAUUGUUGAACCUGCAUCAGGAGCUGAUACUGAGGGUCUGGAAGUUGCAACCGAAUGUUUGUCAGAUGUUUUUAGGCUUGGCACAAGGUCUGCUGACGAGCAAAUACAACCACAUUUAUUGGUUGAUCUUUUCAGAUCAGCUGGACUUGAUCCAUCCAGGGGACAGGAAUUAUCAACUCCUCAACCAGUACAUUGUUAUAUGACUCAAUCUGAGAAUAACAUUCAGGGGCAGGCCAACAAUGAAGGAACAUCUAGAUCUGUGGAUGAAUAUGUGCCUAUGGAACCCAGAAUUCAAGAAGCAGGAACUCUUAAUCGGGAUGCACUGUUCGAGCAAUUCCGUGAGGGCUUGGAAAACUGCGGAUUCUUUGCAAAUGUACCCAUUGGAUCACCCGAUUACUUUCAACAACUGGACAAUGCUAGGGGAGUACUUCAAGAUACUAUAGAGGAAAUGAAUAAAUCAGGAACUGCUUUUGGAACAGGCCAGAAAGUUCUUGCAGAAGCAUUUAAAGUCCAAGGCAAUUCAGCUAUGUCUUCAAAAAGAUAUUAUGAGGCAAUUGAUCUGUAUACAUUGGCCAUAUCAUUGUCUGGAGAUAAUGCUGUAUAUUAUUGUAACAGGGAAGUGAGACACUGUUGUGGACAAUACGUCAUUACUUGGACAAGUCUUGAAAAUGUAUUUCAGUCAGACACGAUCAGGGCAGCCGCUCAUACUCAGGUUGGCAAAUAUAUUGAAGCUAUAGAAGACUGUAACAAAUCUAUUCAGCUAGACCCAUGCUACAGUAAAGCUUAUAGCCGUUUAGGCUUGGUCUAUUAUGCACAGGGAAAAUAUCAUGAUGCUAUACAGAAGGGUUUUAAGAAAGCUUUGGAAUUGGAUCCACACAACACUUCUGUCAAAGAGAAUAUUCGGGUAGCAAAUGAAAAAUUGGAAGAGCUUCAGAGACGAGAACAUGGUCAGAGUUCAGGACCAGGAGAACAAAAUACAGGGUCAAGUGCACAAGGGGCUGGGACAGGAAUACCUGGCAUGAGAGCAGAAACUCAUAGUGCAGGAUUCCCUUCAAUGCCUUUCAAUGUAUCACUUCCCCCAGAAGUAGUAAACAUGAUUCCGGGUUUCAUGAACAUGGCAGCACAAUUUGGUCAGAAUGCUCACAAUGAGCACCAGGAAAAUGAUGGGAAUCAAGAUUCUGGGAGCAGAAACGUUGAUGAUCAGCCUGAAAUAAGAGUAGACGCAAACAUAAAUAUGGCUUCUGAAGAGGGCGAAAUGUCAGAACAGAUGGAAGGGUUUAUGCAGUCUGUGUUACAGAUGUUUUCAGCAUCUAAUAAUCAGUCAGGAACUGCUCAUGGUGCUCCUUCAAGGGAUCCUUCUUCAAGAUAGUAUAUACUAAAUGUCACUUGCAUCAUAGUUGCUUUCUUGGUUAAACUAUUUGAUUGAGUCAUUUUGGAUGCCAUGCAACAGAUUCCUGUUAGAUCAUAUUUUAAUUUGAUGAUGUGUUGUUAUUGAACAUAAUGAGUUGUAGAAACCAACAUUAUAGCUUUUCUAAAUAUUAAACUAAUAAGUAAUUUCAAAGUUUUAGUUGAUAAUUUAA